UUUCCCUUGAAGAUUCCAUCACCCAUGCAGCUUGUCCAUCUCUUUUUGUCGGGCCUUCUCGCCGUCGCAGCCGUGGACGCGUCGUCGCUCCAGGCUGGCAAGUGCGCCGUGGCGUGCCCGCCGCUCAAGCAAACCUACUGCGCGCUCGAGUCGCCCAGCGCCACCACGUUUGUCAACACGUACACCAGCCAGUGCAACUGCCUCGUCGCCAAGUGCGGCAACAAGAAAGUCCAGUGUCUCUCGGCGUCGCCCGCCAAGAGCUGCGACAACUCGUGCACGCGCAAGAUCGCCAAGUGCAAGCCCAACGAGGUCAAGCCCGUGUGCGGCUCCAACGGUGUGACGUACGACAACCUCUGUUUUCUCAAGGCCGCGCGCUGCGUCAAGCCCGACAUUCAGUUCAUCGCGCCGGGCAAGUGCCCCAAGAAGAUGGCAACGUGCGGGAUCGCCAAGUGCCAACUGACCAAAGCCAAGGUGUGCGCGUCCAUGGACGGCGGCAAGACGGAGCUCAAGUACCAGAACCAGUGCUUUCUGGACGCGGCGACGUCGUCAAACGGAACGGCCUCGAUCACGCCCGCAACGACGACAGCCCCGACCAAGGGCAAGUCGUCAGGCGCAUCGUUGGCGUCGGUGGGUCUUGUCGUGACGACGCUGACCGCGCUGCUCGUGCUGUAA